UCGUUUACAAUUUGCAGCGUAGAAAAAGUUGUUGGCUCUUGUUUGUGGUGGUUUUUGCAGGGCAAUAAAAGGCUUUUUGAAAAUGCAUUUUAACGUUGAAAUUGGUGUAUAAAAAUGCCACAAAUCAUGGACAAUUGCAAAUGGCAUAAACAAAUGCAGCGAGCGUGCAGUGCCAAGUGCUGAAGAAUUGUGUGUAAAUAGAACAACGACGACGAUCGAUCCGAAAAAAAACUGCGUCGCAAACAUGCAGACGACGACACACUGGUGAUCCAUUCCAAAACAUUGAUCAUUGCGCCCCCAUCCUUGCAUCUCUAGUGUUCACUGUAACUGCAGCUCCAUUGUUACACAGCAGAAGCAGCAGGAGGAGGAGUGGGAAGAGAACGAAAUGGGUGGCUCGGUGAGUCAAGUGUUUCGUUCGGGCUCGGCACUGCUCUCCCAUCGUGAUGGCCACAAGGUAUCCAAAGCGACGGAGGAGAAAAUCCAAACACUAUUCGAAAUUUUGCGUGCCAAUCCAAAAAUCUCAUUGCAAACCCUUGAGAGUCUGCUGAUUCAGAUACCCAAGAACGAGAAUAUCUUGGUCAUACACGACGACUGUGGCUACAAUAUACUGCAGCGCAGUGUUGGCCUCAAUCACAUCGAUCUCACCAAAUGGCUGCUCCAUCGCCAUCGACCCGACGUCAAUCGGGCGCCCUGCUCUCUGCCCCUGCACAUUGCCACACUGCGUGGCUACGAGGAGUGUGUGGAGCUGCUCCUGCGUCAUGGUGCUCGCAUCGAUGCCGACACACGCAUGUGUUUUCCCGGCGCCCAUUCGCACAACUGCGAGGAGAGCGGGAAGUGGCACAGCAACGUGGACGAUGUCAGCGAACGCCUCAACACGAAGCUCCAAAACGCGCUCUGCUAUGCCAUCGAUGGUGAUCAGUAUAAUGUGCUCAGCAUGAUGACUCAAAAGAUGGAAGAACCUUGGAUCCCAUUUCGUGCUAAGAAGCCGCUGCUGCACUUGGCAUGCGAGCGAGGCGCCUGGAACUGUGUGCAGCAGCUGGUCGUGACACGAUCCGAGGAGAUUAAUCUCAUUAUGGACGAAUAUUAUCCCAUACAUCAUGCUGUGCUGCAUGACGGACGCUUCUUAGAGCUACUCAUACAGCAUGGUGCCAUCACCACAGUACGCACCUGCACCCAGCAGAUGACGCUGUUGCAUGUUGUCAUUUUUGCUGCACGCAAAUCCGCGGAGGAUACGCAAGCCACAUUGCGCAUACUACUGGAUCGAGGUUGCAAGGAGCUGAUUAAUGCACCAGAUACGCUGGGCAAUACACCGUUGCAUGCGCUGAUUGUGCGCUAUGCCCUGGAGGAGGCACGCUAUGGCUACGACAAGUGGAGCAAAUGGGAUGUGCUGCAUCUGGUGCGUUUUCUGCUGCAGAAUGGCGCCAAGCCAUCCAUCAAUCAGGCUGGAAACAGUGCCAUGGCAUGCGUGUUUCGCCACCUGCGUGACUGGGAGGUCUGCUAUGAGCUGCUUAAUAUGCUCAUUCGGGAAGAUGGUGAUCCCAACAUUGUGGGCCGUGAUGGCUCCGUGCCCAUAAUGGUGUUGCUGGUGCCGCUAAUUAACAAGGAUCAUCUGCAUCAUUUCACGCACUCAAUGAAGGUUUGCUAUUUGAACUGCAUACGCAUCCUGCUGCAGCAUGGCGCAAAUCCAAAUUGUUCGUAUCGAGCGAACUUGAAGCCAUUGCAUGUGCUGGUCUUUACGGUCAGCGAGAACUUUACGCUUAACUGUGAUGCACAGAAACGCACAAAUUUCGACUUUAUUAAGAACAUUCUGCUGCUGCUGCUUCAGCAUGGCCUCGACUGCAACAAGACAUAUCAACACAUUCUGCAAGCCGUCAUGGAUAUGGUGCAGAAUGUGCGCACUUGCCACGAUAUGGAAUGCAUCUAUGAGUUAACUCUGACGCUUAUCCAAUACGGCGCCGAUCCCAAUAUUGUGCUCAGCAGUAAGACCACGCCUGGCAUUGCGAUCUUCUCAAGUGAAAUUGCCAGCUACGGUGAAGCACUGGGCAGCGGAGGAGGAGGAGCCGGUGCUGCAGCUGGAGGUGGCGGUGGUGGUGGUGCAGGAGGAGGUGGAGGUGGUGGAGCUGGAGCCGCUGCUGCCAUGGGCGAUAAUACGUUUCGCAACUCGUUUCGCACAAACUCACGCUAUCUGCUUUUCUACUACAUUAUACUGAUCACGAAAAAGGAAUUUAUACUCAACGAUCCGCAAUUAACUUUCACACGCAUUAUCCAUCUCUUCUAUCUGACCAUGGAGCAUGAGCCGCUCUACAAUUGCCUCAAGUCGCUGCACAAUUUCUAUGUCGCCCAAGUGCCGAGCAAGAAAACGGAACAAUUGAUAGCCCUGAUCUCGACACUCUAUCGCAGGCCACGCAGUCUCAAGCAAUUGGCUCGCAUGGCGAUCUAUGAGUCGAUGAACCGGAAGUUGGCCCAGAAUGUGAAUCGAUUGAAUUUGCCAGGUCCACUCAAGGAUUAUGUGCUGCAAUUUGAGAGAUAACAAGUGUGUGCGUAUAAAUAACUAGAUAAAGCAUAAAAGCGUGUCAAUGUCAAUGUUAACUUUUUAACGACCAAUGACUAGAAACAACUACCACUACAACUACAACUAGAAUCAAUCAUAAAUGCAAUUGUUGUUAAGCUAUAUAAUAUUUGGCAUGCCACCCAACACAAACCACGCACACACACACAACUAGCACACUUAUACAUAAUUAUACCCUAGCAGAGGGUAUUAUAAUGUCGACUAGCAAAUUUGGAACCACUUAGAGUUGGAAUAUUUGCAAACGCUCUUCUUAUUGUAAAAUCAAAUUGGAACAUUAGAAUUUCAUAUUGUAUUAUAUUUAUGUGUGUCGGAAGACGUUCUUAUCGCCAUAUUCAAAUUUAAAUGUUAUAUUGCAAAUGUGAACCUCCUGUUUCUUAGAGUCUGUCUGUUUAUAGUCAAGUUACUAGCACACUUUUAAAACUAUAUUUAUACAAAAAUUUGUCCUUUUGCUGUGCAAAGUUUGAAUCUAUCAAAAUUGGACUAAAAUAUCAUAAAGCUGACAUGGCAGCAAUCAGAAAAGAGUUAUGAUUUACCAUAUAAAACUUUGUUUCUUAAAAAUUAUGUUAAGUUGAUAUGACUCUGCAAGGGUAUUUGUGUUUCGGCAAAGCCGAAGAUUGUUUUUCUUUCUUGUUGUAUAUGAAUUUACAGUAUAUAUGUAGUAUAGUAUAUAUACCAAUACACAUGCAUUAAAUAUGUAAUUUAAAAAGGAUAUGAUAUGAAAACGCUUAAACGUACCUAAAAAGCAUCGUCAAAAAUCAAACAUGUGCAAUUUCUUUGAUACGAAUCUAUUGUUAACAACAACUAAAAACAAAACGCUCAUUACUAAAAUUGUGUAUUGUGUAUCUCUAUCAAAUUGUAUAACUUUUACAUGUUGUGCUUUCAAAAUGCGCAUCUGCCCCGCCCCCAUAGAGAAUCACAUCCACACCAACACCCCCUCACACAAGGCCCACCAUCGCUCUUAAGCUAAUCUUAUGCCCAACAACACACAACACACGCAAAUUCCCAAACACAGAAACACACACACACGUACACGUUUAUCGACAUCUGCAUAAACUUAAGGCUGUUUUUUGAUGAACAAUUCGGGGUUCUCUUUUUUUUAGAAUAUUGUAUAUUUGAAGGCAAUUUAACAAGUGUUAUACAUAUACUAUAUAUACAUAUAAUUAUUAUUGUAAUUAUUGUUGCUUAAAAAACAAAACAAAAAAAAAAGAGUUGUUAAUCUGAUCUGUAAUGUCAU